CAAAGUGAAUGAGUAAGUGCGCGGAUUUAACGAUUCGUUCGUUUAGAAAAAUAAAUCGCUGCCGUUUGGUUGAAACAAUGUAUCGGCAUAACCGAAGCAACUACAGUUGGAUCGCCGGCAUGGGCAUCAUUGCCAUGGCUUUGCUAUGGCUCACUGCACUCAACGCCGCCAUCGACGCCACCGCCACCGCCGCAGCAGCAGCAAAAGUGGCAAUAACGACAAAUAUCAGCAAAACAAUAACAAAUACUACAAUACCAACAACAACAAUCACAAAUCCGCAAAUCUCAUAUAGAGCAAAUCGAAAAAUAAUUCCAAAUACCCACCGACCAUGGCAACAAAUGGCAACAGUUUCAACGCUAACACACCGCGCAUACGUGCCUGCCGCAUUGGCCGCCGCCAACAUAUCAGCGAUGACGACGGCUUUAGCCACAGCUUCCAACUUAAUAUCCAUGCUGCCGCCAUUGAGUCAAAGCAAUGCUGCAAAUUACUUCACUUUAGUCGGUAAACUUAAUCCGUUUUAUGGUGAAAGGAAGCGCACUGCGGCGGCAACGAAAGCAAGAGCAACAACAACAGCAACAGCAACAGGGACAGCGACAAAAAAUGGAACGGCAGCUGGUGGAAAUGCAGCUGUUGCUGCCACAACAUUUGACAGUAAUCCUAAUACGCGCACCACCAACAGACGGAAGAAGAACAAAAAUAAGCGUACUUUUACCACACCGUUAAAUGUUAGUCAACAUCCCGGCGAGCUGUGCAAUCGUCGUUGCACGGCUGGCGACAGUCGCAUUUGCCAUUUCAAAUUUACACUGGAACAUUACCAGGUCAUGGGAGUCGCUUGUGGCCGCUGUUCGCUUGGUAUUAUCGCUGAUUGCUUUGCACCGCAAUGCAUCUUGGCCGAUGGCUAUGAGAAAGGUGUGAUGAGCAUUAACCGGCAACUGCCGGGUCCAGCAAUACAGGUGUGUCGUGACGAUUUGAUUAUUGUGGAUGUGUUCAAUCAGGCACUCGGCACCUCUGCCGCUAUUCAUUGGCAUGGUCAGCAUAUGGUCGCAACACCCUGGUCGGAUGGUGUACCCUUUGUUACGCAAUGUCCCAUACAUUACGCCAACACGUUUCGUUACCAUUUUUGGGCCACUGAGGUGGGCACGCAUUUCUAUCAUUCGCAUUCAGGUCAUCACAAGGUGAACGGUCAAUAUGGUGCACUAAUCGUCCGAGAUGAUCCAAGUAUUUUGCCGAAUAAAGCAACUUAUGAUUUCGAUCUACCCGAACACUAUAUACUCAUCAGCGAUUGGAUGCAUACAUAUGGCGAACAAUAUUUUCCAGGAGAGCCUAGCUCAGCGGGAAUAUUUCCCGACUCUGUACUAAUCAAUGGACGUGGUAUAUAUUAUAGAAAAGAUGGCAUGCGUGCAUCGACUGUGGUGCCACCAGUGAGCUUUUACGUGACUCCGGGAAAACGUUAUCGCUUUAGGCUAAUCAAUUCGAUAAGUCAUUCGUGUCCUUUUCAAUUGCAGAUUGAACGUCAUAAUAUGUGCGUAAUCGCUUCUGAUUCUUAUGAUCUACAACCAAAUUACUUCGACACACUCAUUUCCAAUGCUGGAGAACGUUACGACUUUGUCGUGUUCGCUAAUAAUACUGCUGGGGAUUAUUGGAUUCGUGUGCGUGGCAUGGGCGUUUGUGCUAUCCUUCCUACUGAGUCGUUUGCUUUGCUACGCUACAUUAGUAAUGAAGUUAUAGACGAGUCGAUAGAAGAGCGCCCAUUACCGCCAAUGCCAGCAUAUAAUGAGACUUUCAUUUCAGGUAUGUUUUUCGAUCACCCCAAUAUCUCCUGCGGCGCCGUUGACAAUCGUUGUAUUAGCGAACUUGAAGCCUUGGAACAGGAUGAACUGCUGCGCACCGCCAUGCCUGAUCAUCAAUUUUUUCUGGCAUUUCACAAUUUUCCAGUGCCAAAUAAUGAGAUCUUUAAAAAUGGCACUUACUAUCACUUUGCAAAUCUACAAUCCAAUCUGACCAUUGUGGGCGCCAUUAACAAUUUAAGCUUUGUCUUUCCAAAUUAUCCACCACUGACACAACCAGAGGCCAUGAACGAUACACAAUUCUGCACUGAACUUGAACGACCAGCUGCAUGCCAGGGUAAUCGCCUCUGCCCGUGUGUACAUCGACUGCAUAUCCGCCUUGGGAGCAUAGUGGAGCUUAUAUUAGUCGAUGAAACGGAAUUGGUCGGGCGCUUGCAUCAUCCAUUCCAUUUGCACGGCCAUCGCUUUAUCGUAACUGCCUUGGGACGUGAUUCUACUGGACUGCCAAAGUCUGUUUUGGCUGCCAAGCAAUUGAAUGACGGCAACAGCUAUUUCUUUCCACACCAAAGCAACAAUACAAGUCCACCAUUCAAGGAUACCGUAUCGAUACCGAGCCGCGGAUAUGCAGUUGUCCGUUUUCGUGCUGAAAAUCCAGGUUUCUGGCUUAUGCACUGUCACUAUGAAUGGCAUUUAGCCAUCGGCAUGGGCUUAAUACUGCAAGUGGGUAAUACCAGUGAAAUGGUUAAAUCACCGCAAGGGUUUCCAACGUGCGGUAAUUACCUGCCUGAAUUGAGUGAGCUCGAAGGAUUUCGCAUUAAAAAAUAUUUUAUGUAAUUAAUGAAAAUAUGUGGUGAAAAUAUUAAGCAUAAAU